AUGUCGACCCAGCCCACCCAAAGAACGGUGACCUACGGCCGGCACCAUGUCCUCCAAACCAUCUCCGUCACAACGCUGGAUUCCAGCCGCGAUGGCUACUGGGUGAUACGCCAGAAGCUCAAGAAAGCAACUGACACCGAAUUUGCUCGGGCUACUAGCUACAUCCACGGCGGCGCCUGGCGUGAUCCCACCAUAACCGCGACCUCCUUCGACACAACAGAAUCGAUCCUCCGCGCCUCCCCAAAGACCCCGAUCUCGGGCGUCGCGUCCAUCUCCUACCGGCUCAGCGCACACCCCAAUCACCCACAAGACCCCACAAGCACCGCCCCAGACGAGUUCCGUGCCGCCAAGCACCCAGACCACAUCCGCGAUGUCGAAGCCGCACUCGCUUUCCUACAGAAUACGUUUGGGUUCGGGUCGCGCUACAUCCUAGUCGGCCAUAGCUGCGGCGCGACGCUCGCCUUCCAGGCCGUGAUGGGCGCCAUCGUGGGCCACCGCGAAAACGCAUUCACAGAUCACGGCAACGCGGCCCGCCCGAGCUUCACCAUCGAGCCUGUCUCCACGUCGCCGGCGCCGCUGCCACCGCGGCUUACAGCACAUCCCACGGCCAUUGUCGGCGUGGCGGGCAUCUACGAUCUGCGGCGGCUGCGCGAUGCGCACCCUGACAUCGACGCGUAUCGCGAGUUCAUUGACGGGGCAUUCGGCGCGGACGAGCUGCUCUGGGAUGCGGUGUCGCCGGCACAGAUGGUCGGAUCGCGUGGUGUCGAGGGUGGCUGGAAAACGGGGCGGUUGGUCGUCCUGGCGCAUUCCAAGGACGACGAACUCGUCGAUGAGGGUCAGUUGGGCUCUAUGCGGGAGGCGCUUCGUGGAUGGGAGGCCGCUGAGGCUCAGGUUCCCGUGCAGGAGUUGACGCGGAGGGAUCGCCGCGUCAGCGUACUCCCGAUCAGUGGUGCCCAUGACGAGUCGUGGCUCAGUGGGGAGGAGUUGGCUCGGGCCAUUGAGUUUAGUUUUGAAGAGUUGCGGCAGAUGGGACUGGCUCCUUAG